AUGAUCGUCGACGAAAACUACGCCAAAAACUCCUCGUGGAAACCAGACCUUUUCAAAGGUAAAGUGGCGUUUAUCACCGGAGGCUCGGGAACCAUUUGCAAAGUCCAAGCAAAAGCAUUGGUGGCCCUAGGAGCCAAUGCCGCCAUUAUUGGCCGCAAUCCUGAUAAAGCCGAGGCCGCAGCAAAAGAAAUCGCCUCGUUACGUCCAGGGGCCACGGUGUUGGGAAUCGGGAACGUUGACGUUAGAAGCGUCCAAUCAAUAAAACACGCCGCAGACCUCGCGGUGUCAAAAUUGGGGAAAAUCGACUUUGUCAUUGCUGGGGCUGCUGGCAACUUCUUGGCCGAUUUCAACCAUUUAUCAUCGAACGCUUUCAAAUCGGUGAUCUCCAUCGAUUUGUUGGGAGCGUUCAACACCGUCAAGGCGGUGUUUCCUCAUUUAAAGAAAUCCCAAGGUUGUUUAUUAUUUGUCUCCGCCACUUUACAAUAUACCGGGAUUCCUUUACAAACCCACGCGUCGGCCGCCAAAGCCGGGAUCGAUGCCAUGUCCAAUAAUUUGGCAGUAGAGUUUGGUCCUCUUGGGAUCAGGGUCAAUUGUAUUGCUCCCGGGGCCAUCGGGGGCAAUGGCGGAGAUAGCAAUGACAGCUCGAUGACCGAAGGAAUGAAACGGUUAGGAGGAGCGAAAAUCGAGCAAUUACCAAAAGAAAUCCCAUUACAAAGAUUGGGGACCACCACCGAUAUCGCUGAUGCUACCGUGUGGUUAUUUUCCCCUGCUGCUAGUUAUGUCACUGGGGAAAUCGUGGUUGUUGACGGAGGAAUGUGGCAUAGCGGGCUACGGACUAAUAAUUCCCCAACCCCUGAACAAUUAGUCAAAUUGUUGAAUGACAAACCACGCUUAUGA